AUGGAGGUGAGUAGUGUCUUACCCUGAUUUAGUUAUCAGUGUCCUCCUUUUUUGGUGUCUCUGUUUCCUUCCCUCCCUUGUUCUCCUUUUUUCUUGUGCACAGGCAGUUUACGAUUAUAUGUUGAUUAUAUAUAAUUAUAUAUAUAUAUUAUAUGAUUACAUGUUUGCAUCUUAUAUUCUUGAUAUAUUGUGGUUUUUUAUAGUUAUGUCUUUUACAUAUAGAGUUGUUGUCGGGUGCAUGGGACUAAUCUAUGUACUUUGACUAGGGGAUUUUUUUCUGUUAUACCUUUUGUACAUGUUUCCUUUGCUGAUGACACUGAUUAAUCGGGUCUACACCCUUUUUUACCUUUUGUCUUUCAGCCUAAUGUUUAUGGUUCAUUCAGUCUCCCCUGGAACCAUUUUCCCUUUGGACCCAUCAUAUUGUUUGAUUUCCUGCCCCUGUUCUUCUUAAUUCUGGUUCUCACUGUUGUACCGUUUUGUUACUGUUUUUGUGCCCUCUUACCAAGAAAGAGACUGGGGGGAGUGCCUAGUGAUAUAAUUUGGCUGGAGGGUAUCUGGGACAUGCUGCUGCUGUUGGGAAAUAAAGAAAGGGUUAAAGAGUUACUCCAAUUACCAUAACCACUUCAGUGACUUGAAGUAUUCAUAGAGGUAGUGUGUAUGUGAAGUAUAUAAAUGAACAGUAUAGGGUCAUCAUCAGAAUUGAGGAUCUUUCUCAUAGGCAAGCAGUGGAUUGUCUGAGAUCUUCACUUCUGAUGAUCUCAGCCAAGGAGGCAGGCCAGGAGUGGAGAAAAAGGCCGCCAUGGCGAUUAAAUGCAUCUCUAUGGGGAAAAUUCAGCACCUGACUGUGAUAGGGCUAGUAAGGGGAUGACUGUGGCAAAAUGAGAGGGUAAGUGUAACAAGGUGAGGAGGGAGGAGGGUGAAUGUAGUAGUGUGAGGGGAUGAAUAUGAGAUGAUUUAGGUGGUGUGCAUGGCAGCAUUUGUGGGUAGGUGUGACAGUGGGUGUGACACUGGCAGGGUCGGUGAGUAUGACAGGGUUAGGGGGCUGAGUGUGAAAGGUGGGGAAUGGAUGCGUGCAGGGCUUAAUGAAGUGGUCUGGGUGCCAGGUCCCUCUAGGAUUAACCCUUUUUUUUAUCCUUUUCAGAGAAACUGCUAUGUUUAUAAAUGGGUUAAUCCAGCCUCUAGUGGCUGUCUCAUUGACAGCCGCUAGAGGCGUCUGCGUGCUUCUCACUGUGAAAAUCACAGUGAGAAGACGCCAGCGUCCAUAGGAAAGCAUUAUGAAUGCUUUCCUAUGAGACAGGCUGAAUGCGCGCGCAGCUCCUGCCGCGCAUUCAGCUGAAGAGGAGGAGAGGAGGCGGAGAGGCCCAUGCUAAUGCAGCUGCAAACACAUGCCCAUUGAUUUAAAGAAAUUUAAAACUAUAUAUAUAUAUAUAUAUUUUUUUUUUUAUUAUAAUUUUUUUCUACUACUCUUCACUUAAGUAUGGAAACUUAAGAGGGAUGUAGAGGAACAAACCUGUUGUGGACUGGCUGACAAUGAAAUCAGUUAAGAUAAAGCUGACUUUGCACACUAUGCAAAUGCUCUUGCUGCUUCAGUCUCUCUAACAAUGUGGCAUGUUCCCUUUCUUCUACACUCAUUACAUACACCUUUUCUCUGCCCCAGACUGUAUAAGAGGAGCUUCUGCCUACUAGUAAGAAAGAUAGGAGAGGAACUAGCGAAUGUUAGGGGAGAGUCCUUAGAAAGUGUAGAGCGCAUCAUUAGACGCAUUUAUGCCAAGCUCAGGGUGCUGUCUGUAUAACACACCCUUGAUUGGUCACCCUGCAUGAUUGGCAGGCAGCCUGACGUGCAUUCACACCAGACUAACCAUCUAAUUCUAUUUUACAGACACGUUCCUUUUUGGGCAUGUUUGUCCCUUUGGGCAGUACUGGUUACAUGAUUCACAUCAGUGGCACACCCUUUUACCCCGCUCACUGAAAUCCUGCUUCACCGGACACUGCUGGUAGGGGGUAUGGAUUUACUUGUAAAAUGAAAGUGAGAGAGUAGCAUAGGGUAUGUGUUUUCUGAUAGCUAUAUCCUGUGGGUUCCCUCCAGCACCACCUCCACCAGAUACAUGACGUUUGUGAGGUAGAACAGUUUUAGUGUUUCUGUCCAUAAGAUUCUGUAAUUAGGCCCAUCAUAAUUGUCAGCACCAGGCCCAAUGGGCUCUUAAUCUGGACCUGGAUAAGUGUGGCAGAUGUAGGGGUGAGUGUGGCAGGGUAAGGGGUGAUGUUAUAUAGAGUUAGUGUGGCAGGGUGUGUGGCAGGGUAAGGGGUGAUGUUAUAUAAAGUUAGUGUGGCAGGGUAAGGGGUGAUGUUAUAUAGAGUUAGUGUGGCAGGGUGUGUGGCAGGGUAAGGGGUGAUGUUAUAUAAAGUUAGUGUGGCAGGGUAAGGGGUGAUGUUAUAUAGAGUUAGUGUGGCAGGGUGGGGUGAUGUUAUAUAAAGUUAGUGUGGCAGGGUAUGGGGUGAUGUUAUAUAAAGUUAGUGUGGCAGGGUGGUGAGUGUGACAAGUUUGGGAGUAAGUGCGAUACGGUGAGGGGUGGUGAGAAUCUGUGGCAGGGUAAGUGGCAAGAUUAAUGGAGCGUGUGUUGGGCAGGAAGAAGGGAAAUAAUACAUCCCCUAGUGGUCCUAUAAAUUCCCUUGUGGACUAAUGGGCUGUUGGUGGCCACUGGCCUUCAAGUCAGGGAGAUUUUUUUUACCUCCAGGCUGGAUUAUGGGUUGGGGAGGAGGGGCAUGAGGACAUCUAUCAUAGUAUCACUGAGUCAAACGCUGUGAAACUCCAGGAAGGGCAUCUAAUAGCUGUCUUAAUACAAGUUACUCUAAAACUACAAUGAUUUACAUUGCAGAAAUAUGGGGUACAGGAAAAGUGCACCUAGACCACUUCAAUUAGAUGAGGUAGUCUGGGUGCCUAUAGUGUCCCUUUAAGGUAGUACGAAGUAAACACAUUUUCCUGUGUUUACAGGAAUUCAUCCUGUAAGAAUGCAAUAACUCAAGAUACUGACCUCACUGUCAAACACAUAGCUCCAAAAUUGCAGGUCUCACCGUCAAAAUAUAGUCUUCAAAGAUAUAUUCAUUUAAUGUACAAACCAUUAAUCACUUAGACACAAGACCGAAGUGGCAUAGAGAGUUCUCACCAAUUACUAAAAAAGUUAUCAAAAACUGUAUUUCUAUUUCAAAUUAUAAACAUUUCUAAAGCCCAAAAAAUUUAUUUUGUUUGUAAAAGCAGUAUAAUCUGAAUGGGUUAAAGGACAGUGACAGGUUAUGAAUUUCUGUAGUCAUAAAAUAUAAAAAUAGAUUCUUCCUGGAUCCAAAGAGCAAAUCUCCCAGACAGCACAGGCAUCUCAAUCCAGCUCUCAAUUACAUAGUAACCACACACUUUACAGCAGUUGUACACGUGACAGGUGUAUAGUCGCCAUUUGGGCAGUCGGAAUCCAGGACAACCAACCCAAUAUCCUAACCCAAUAACGCACAGACACUAGGGAAUAUGGGAAAUUUUGUCCACAGCUUUAUUAUUAAUCAAAUAAUAAUAGUAACAAUAAUAAUAAUAACUUAACAAGUAAAACAUCAUUGCCCCCCAUACUCCGCCCUCGCAUCCUAUUCCUUCCAUUAACAUAUAAAAGGAAAUGACCCCCAUAUAAAUAACACAUACACAUACACAUACCAUACACCAACAUUAGUCCAAUAACAAUUUAAAGUGCCAACCAUCCAUUAACCAUGGCAGGGGUAUACCCGGAUACCCCUACCCCACCAGGUUCUGAGCCACCAUCAGGACUCGAAACCUAUCAACCACCGAUGACCACAACUUGUUUGUUUUCCAUUACGUUCAUCCUGGGGAGCCUAUUUCUUCUCCUUCAGCUUCCCAUCCCGCCGCUGUGAAAAAACGGGAUAACCCCACACAGAACAAAACCAGGGAGGGUGGGUGGGACAGACUCAAUCAGGUAGGAAAUUAGAAAUGACUCACCUAAAAUGGCUGCCUAUUUAAAUAGCCAAACCUACUUACCCAUAACUCCACUCCUUGCUUACUUCCUCCUGUCCCCAGUCGGGGACCGUCCCCGCCGACCACACCCGGGGACAAUUGCCCUGCCCUCCGCUGAGCUGCCUGACGUGGAGUGGUGCCGCCGGGACCUACCCACCCUCCCCCUGGACCCCAAGGUUCUAACCGGCGAAGGACUGCCACUGCUACACCCUGAACCAGACCCCCCCUAAGGCCACGCACCCCCAACUGCCUACCCUCCAGGAGAGAACCCAACCCCCCACCUAAGCUGACUCCUCGCCUAACCGCUCCCUGAACCCCCUUCACCUUACAGGCAGCCUUAGCCCCUCCUUCCCCCUUUCCAGGCCUACCCGACCCAGACUGAUCAGGCCUACCCCCAGAACCCGUGGAGGACCCACUCACUAUCCCAGAAGAGCCCACUAUCUCCUUACCACCCCCAGCCCCCACCUCCCCUAUGGCACUCCCCCCUCCCGUGGCCCCAUCCCCCACUAGGGAUCCCAGGAAGGCCUGCCUGCCCCCCACUGUCACUCUCCGGCCCCCACCCCUUGCUGAAUCCCCCCCAGCACUUUUCCCGCCAAGAGGGCCCCGGCCGGAGCCCCCUGUACUUGCCUGCUGCCCCAGGGGCCGGCCGCGUGUCCUCCCGGUUCCGGCCCCGUCGUCCACCAGCUCCGACGGGGUGGGAGCCCUCCUGGGCCGCACCUCCGUGCUCCCCGAUCUUCCAGGGGGCCGUCCGGUCACCUCCGACCCGGGAGCCGCGACGUCCCCGUCCUGGACAUCCAUUCGCCGCCGGGCACUGGUCCUAGGCCCCGGCCGCUCGCGGGGAGGCGAGGCCUCUAUCACGCGGCUACCGGGCCUGCUGCCACCCGCACCGGAAUCGCCAUGACCUCCAGGGAUGCCUUCACGGGGCCCCAUGCCCGGGCUUAGCCUCUCCGGUGGCCUCCUGGCCCAGACCGGACUGCCACCACCGCCGUCCCGUUCCGCCGCCUCCGCCAGGGCCGGUCCCAGCUGGGCCCGCAGCCAGUCUGCACCCUGAUGCCUCGCCGCCGACCGGAUCCCCUCCAGCAGUCGCUCCACAUCGUCCAUCGGCCCUGCAGGGAGACAAAGGAAGAAAAAACCCUACCAAGCCAAAUCUGUGAACACAGAAGUGAACACAGACUCAACCAGGUAGGAAAUUAGAAAUGACUCACCUAAAAUGGCUGCCUAUUUAAAUAGCCAAACCUACUUACCCAUAACUCCACUCCUUGCUUACUUCCUCCUAAGCCCGCCUCCUAACCCCUGUCAAGGCCUUUUUCUGCUUAGCUGCGCUCUAGCUACAUGGGGCUACAUUAAUAUAAUGGAACGCGGAAAAGGACAAAAAUAUACAUGUUGUAUUACAAGUAUAGUACGAGAAGAGUUGCUAUAAAAAUUGUAACAAGCAAAAUGGACAUAAAAUUGAGUAGUGAGCUGACUUUCACUUUUUAUAGAGGAGCUUUCGUGCCUGUUAUUCUUUCUCCUGUAUGGUAUCACCAAUAUUAGCAAUAAAUUAAGCAUAGCCCUGAACACCAAACAUUAUGCAUUUCAUUGUCUGUACAUUGUCACAGCUAAAAUGGGAAGGAUCCCCAAUAAGGAAGUUGUAUAAAACUCUAACAGAGAAAUAAUUUUCCUGCCUUAUUUGUUUGCUUAUUAGUUUUUGCAGACUGAGCCCCAGCAUUUUUUGUUUUCCGCAGGGAUGGAGCAAGGAUUUUUGGAUAUAGAGGCGAAGAGGCAUUUUGCCAGCCUUUGCCUGUGUAGGCCUAUGUGUCUCUGUGUGCAACUGCAGUGCAUGCCCCAAAUUUAGCGGGAGAGGAAGGGAGACUUGUCAGUAACAGUCUCCUGUGGGCGAGAUGAGCAGCGUUGAGAGAAGAAAAAGGUAAGUAAAAAGUUUUUGUUUGUUUUUUUAUUCUCUUUUUAUUAGCAGGUUCAGAGAUUGUGUACAGUGAUGCAAAAAAUGGCAUAUAAAAGAACCAACACAUUUUUUGUUUUAAGUAUGCGAAAACAUGUGACACUAAAUACCCCAAAUUAACAUAAAAUAAAAAGUGACCUUGGGGUUUGGUAUCAUAGUUAAAGGUCUUAUUAUGGGGGGUGUGAGUGAGCACUGCAACUAAAAAUGCAAUGUUGGCAGGAGUGCAUAAGGCGAUGAGUGCUAAAAUUAAAAUAGAGUAACGUUGUAAAACAGAUAAAGAUGUUGGAGGGGCACUUGACAUCUAGAGGGAUAAAGGAAUACCCAAAACAUUAAAUCUCAACAUCAGCUUUUAAUGUUGGACUGCUCCUCAAAUACAUGAAUAUUAUAUUAACAUUUCUGUAUAUAUUCUAAACAUAAAAAAUAUAUGCAUAUCUUUAUAUGCUAAUAUGUGUGUGUGUGUGUGUGUGUGUGUGUGUAUGUGUGUAUAUAUAUAUAUAUAUAUAUAUAUAUAUAUAUAUAUAUAUAUAUAAAGAAAGUAACCUUGGCACUCACCCUUAUCCAGUUACUAAACAAAAUUCUUGCCUAGGUGCAACCUCAGCGUUUCCAUAUAGAUCCAAAAAGGUAAUAGGUGCACUUUUAGGUCUUGUUCCAAUCUUUCUUUUAUUUAAUUGUGCAAAUUACAUGUACAAAAUCAAAUACUUCCGACCAAUGUUUCGACCCCUAUAGGGUCUUUUUCAAGAUCUUAUAUACAUACAUGUCAGUACGUGCUUGCGCAUGCGCACACUGUCGUGUUACUUCCGUGUUCGGGAGUACAGGCGAACACAAUCACUCACCUAUGGUAAGUCACUUAUUUGUAAUAACAUAUAUAUAUUGAUGCACAUUAUUAUAUGUUAUGAAUCUUAAUAAAGACCCAGGAGGGCCAAAACGUUGAUUUAUAUAUAUAUAUACACAUACACAUUUUUUUUAAACUUAAACCUUGAAGUUUUAAAGACACACACACAUACACACACACAAACAAACUAAUUGUCACACAAACACACACACCUUCUGACACAAACUCUGACACACAAACACACUCGCCGACAGAAACAUACACAUACUCAGGUCCAGCCCGUUCAUUAGUCCCGGUGUGACCAUGGCUCCAGAGGGCAGUUUUCCAAAAUGUCGCCCCGGUACACUUAAAGUUGCCUGCUGGGGGGCCAGGGCUGCCUGUUUGCAUAAAUAUAUAGCGAUUACCGCUAUCUAUAUAUCUAUAUAUAUGCUGUUCCGGGCCCCCGCUACCUUGUUCUGUAAAGAGGGGCCCAAUAGUCUAAGUCUACACACACACACACACACACACACAUUGCAUCCAUUACACACACAUUGCAUCCAUUACACACACUGCAUCCGUUACACACACACUCUGCACGGCUGCACCCACUACACACACACUGUAUAUCCACUACACACACACUCCGCAUCCACUAUACACAUGCACACAAUACAUUCACUAUACAUACUGCAUCCCCUACACAGACACUGCAUUCACGUCACAUACUGCAUAACAUAAUAGAUGUGUGUGUGGUUUUCGUAGGAGGUGAGCAGCAUUUCAUCUUUGGACCCAGGCAGCACAGUAUCUUGGGCUGGUACUGUACACACUCACUGACAUAUUGUCACACAAACACACUCAGAGUACACAGAACACAUACACUGAUCCAUACACAUAGAUAAACAUACACACACUGACCCACACACCCACACUGCACUUUCUCUCACACUCUGCUCAGUCCCAUCACUUAUUUUUCUUGCCAGGUUCUGCCCAAUGCCUUCCAGUAUCAGUGCCAGCCACCAGUAUAUGAUAUCAUGCAGUAUCCCGGCAGCCUUCAAAAUGCAAAGAACAGCUAUGUUGUACUACUGCUCAUUUACAAAAUUCUACUAGAAAUAAAAAAUGUACAGCGAUAUCAGCCUCCAGGCGACCGAGCCCAGUAG